GUAUGCGUUAUAUAAUCGAAAUGCUUUGGGAAUUUAAUCGUAAUCUUAUUUCCAUUGAACUGUAGUUUUGAUUAUUUCAUCCAGUUUUCCUGUUCACGUCAAAAUUUAUAAGUUAUUGUUUGUGUUUUCUACACUUAUAAGGCAAUACUUGACACUUCAAUUAUGUCAUUUCAAAAUAGAACCAUUUUAUCUACGCUCCCUCGUACUGAAAGAGGCAUGCCCCUUGUUUUAGGGGAUGAUCCUAAAGGAAAAACAUUUUUGUAUACAAAUGGACAUAGUGUAAUUAUUCGAGACAUUGUUGAGCCUCGAAUAUCUGAUAUCUAUACUGAACACGCCGUUCAGACAACAGUUGCUAAAUAUUCGCCUAGCGGUUUUUAUAUUGCUUCUGCAGACAUAUCUGGCAAAGUUAGAAUCUGGGACACAGUGAACAAAGAGCACAUCCUAAAGAAUGAGUUUCAACCAUUUGCUGGGCAGAUAAAGGAUCUUUCGUGGAGUCCUGACAAUCAACGGAUCGUAGUCGUUGGUGAAGGAAGAGAAAGAUUUGGUCAUGUCUUUAUGGCUGAAACUGGCACUAGUGUUGGAGAAAUAUCGGGGCACAGUAAGCUUAUCAAUUCUUGUCAUUUUCGCCCCAAACGGCCCUUUAGAAUUAUCACUGGCAGUGAAGAUAAUUCUGUCGGAAUUUUCGAGGGUCCUCCUUUCAAGUUCAAAACUACUGUUAACGAUCACACUAGGUUUGUUCAAUCUGUUAGAUAUAAUUCUAGUGGAGAACUCUUCGCAAGUGGUGGUUUUGAUGGCAAGAUGUUCUUAUAUAAUGCCAAUACUUACGAAAAAGUUGGAGAAUUCGCCUCUCCUGCGCAUAAAGGCGGCAUAUAUGCUGUAGCUUGGAGUCCUGAUGGCACAAAAAUUCUUUCAGCUUCAGGAGAUAAAACAUGCAAGUUGUGGGAUGCUUCUAAUUUAGAAGUUAUAUCAGAAUUUGAAAUGGGAAAUGAUGUACUUGAUCAACAGGUCAGCUGCCUGUGGCAAGGUUCACACAUACUAUCUGUUUCUUUAUCAGGAUUUAUUAAUUAUCUAGAUCUAAAUAAUCCAUUAAAACCAUUGAGGAUAAUUAAGGGUCAUAACAAAUCUAUUACAGCAUUGACUGUAAAUUGUGAUAAAAAAAAGUUGUACACUGCAAGCCAUGAUAGUGCAGUCAUGUAUUGGGAUAUGGAAUCGGGUAACCACGAUAGGAUUGGAGGAAUCGGCCAUAAUAAUCAAGUUCAAAAUAUGACAUAUGAUACUGAUGUCAUAUACAGCAUCAGUUUAGAUGACACCAUGAAGUUUAUCAAUGCAGAGGAUAAUCAAUAUUUGCCUGAAACAAUUAAAUUUGAUUCCCAACCUAGAGCAGUGGCGGUUAGUGAAGGCUAUGUAUUCGUAGCUUGUCUUAAUGAGAUUUCAGUUGUUCAAAACAGCAGAAAGAUCAGUAGUUAUCCAAUAGACUUUGAGGGUUCUGCUAUAUCAAAGCAUCCAACUGAAUCUGAUGUGGCCGUAGGAGGUGCUAGGGAUAAUAAAGUUCAUAUUUUUCUAUCUACUCUGAAUGGAAGUCCUACUUUCAGUCCUAAAACGACCUUACAGCACACAGGGGCUAUAACAGAUGUCAAAUAUUCACCCAAUGGAAAAUAUCUAGCGGCCAGUGAUGCUAAUCGAAAAGUAGUCCUCUACAAUGCUUUGACCUAUGAGCUUGCUCAUACACAAGAUUGGUGUUUCCACACUGCGAGAAUCAACGCUUUGUCAUGGGCACCCAAUUCAUUAUUUUUGGCUACGGGUAGUCUGGAUACAAAUAUAAUUAUAUGGUCUGUAGAAGCACCUACAAAACACACAAGUAUCAAAAAAGCACAUCCUCAAAGUCAAAUUACACGUCUCGCAUUUCUAGAAAACACAGUUUUAGUGUCAACUGGACAAGAUGGUAAUGUUAAAAUAUGGGACAUUGUUUAUUAAGUUUGAUGUGUGAUUAAUGAUAGCGAUUGUUUUUUCAUAACGCUUUUUACAAAUCUCCUCUCCAAGAACAAAUGCUUUCAUUUUUUUUUUAAAGAACACUAUAAUUUGUGAUAAAGUUGGAUAGAUUUUGUGAAUAAAAUAUAAAAAAAUUUGACUGCAUAUUUGAAUAAGCAAAAGUUCAGUCUGGAGCUUCAUUAACUUAUACGAUUUUAAUAUCUUUUUGUUUAUGAAUACUGUCGGUGUAGUUCUUACUUGAUUGCUUGUUUUUAGUCAGUAAUUGUGCUUUUGUUUGAUAUUUCACGGUGUGUUCCUUUUGAUAUGAUUUUUUUAGCAUACUUUUUUUUGUUCUUAUUUUUUUUUUCUUACGUUAAUAUUUGUUGUCAUCUAUUAUUGCUCUGUUAAUCUUUUAGUUGAACCCAGUAGCUUUUACCAAAGAUGUUAAAAGAAAAAUGCAAACUAACACUCUUUUAUAUUAAUCAAUUUAAAUAAGAAAGAUAAAUGAACUGAUUUUAUAAGAGAAGAAAAAGAUUCUGCACUCAUGUGCCAAAAUGUAUAAAUUUGAAACCUAUUGAUUGUGUGAAUGUGAGAUUCCAAAAGCCUGUCUUUUUUUACAACGUAUAUAAUUACAGUAAAUCUCAGUUUCGAUUCUAUACUAUGUACCAUUAUUAGUAAUGAAAAUGUGUUUGUUUAUUGACUGUUCUAUGCAUAGAAAGUCAUGAUUAUCCUUUCAAGGGAAAAACCUCAUUCUUCAUACAACAGGGUGCGUAGCGCUUUUAAAAAGUGCUUAAAGGUGCUUAUUUUCGUUUUUUAAAAGCCCUUAAAGGUGCUUUUUUCAUUGAGUGUUUUUAAAAAAUGCUUAAUUUUCCUUUUUUCAAAAUGAAAUUUUUCCUUUACCGUGUAGAUUUUAGCUUCGAAUUAUGCAAAAACACAGUUCACAUUGUAAUGUUCAACGUUUUCACAAUUAAUUCAACCCCAAUUAUGGUAUUGUCAGUCCACAACGUAUGAACAUGCCAUUUGUUUUACAUGAUUCAAAAUUUCAUGAUUUUUGACAACUGUCAAAAACAAUGCCAAAAGUUUUUUUUUAUUUACAUGACGGUUAAAACAAGAUAAAACAGUUAAUUGCUAGAAACUUACCAACCCUGCCUAAUUAUUAUAUUUUUUUAAAGUGCUUGAAAGGUGCUUAUUUUUUGUUGAAUAAUUUGGCUACGCACCCUGUACAAUCCCGUACAUCUGGAAUUACAUUGAGGAGAAAUGGAAAAAUCUAAAUUUCUAAAAUAUCAGGAAAUUUCUAAAUGCAAAAAUCAACCUAAACCGAAGUUGUAUAGAAAAACUGCCAUUGGGUUAAUAUCACUUCAUACAAGAAAUAUUUUUAAAUCUUCAGUUUAAUUUUUACUUUUGUUUUUUCAUUUCAAAUGAUUUUUGUAGGCUAGAAGGAGAAAAAAAAUAUUUUUUUAAGGAUCCUCUGACAUUUCUUUUUAAUAGUGUAAGUGAAGAUUAAAAUUUUUGUGCCAAAAACUUUUCAUUAAGUAGGACAAUUAUCCUCAUGGUUAUUUCUGACUCAUUUUGUCCUCUUUAUGUAAAUGUUUCAGAAACUCAUUUCUUUAAGAAAACUAAGAAUCUUCGCAAUUUUCUAAGAAAAAUAAAUAUAUCAUGAUGAACUGGAAUUAUUGUAUUGUAGAAUUUUUAUAUGCAAGAAACAAAAGCAAUCUUCUAUUUCUAUUAAUUUUGAGAAAUUUUCAUUUAUUUUUUUUUACAAAAAUUUGUUAGAGUCGCAUUUUAUUUAUCUGAAACCUAAAGUGAAAUAGGGCGUUGUAAGAAUUUUAAGCAAUAGUGAAAAUUUUUUUAAUUAAAUAAUGUUUAUUAUGUUUUUUUUUGUAUAGUACAAUUCUUUGAUUUACUUUUUUUUAAAUACAUCUUUCAUCAAAAUAUAUUAUUUAUUUAUAAAUGCUUCCAUUUUUAUAAAUGUUACAAAAUAUUGACAAUUUAUGUGUGUAUAAAAUCAAAAUAUUUAAUUAAAAAUUGAAAAAAAAUUUCUUUUUGAAUGUGUAUUAUCCAAAGUGCUAUUAUUUUAAAAAAUAUUGCAUUGAAUAAUAUUUGUAUGUAGAAGUAAAAGUGGUUUUUGUUUUCUGUAAAUUUUUUUAGCAAGCAAAUACUAAGUAAUUUUUUUGUGAAUCAACAUUGUUGUGGAAAUUUUUUUAUUUGAAUAACACAUGAAUUAUUUAUGUUAUCCAUCUGAGCUUUUUUAUUUUGAAGGAAGGGGGGAACUGAUUAUCUUUCUAUUUUAUUUACAUUUUUGGAGUAUUGGUGAAAAUCUUAUUAAUCUGAAGUUGCAAUAUAAUGAGAAAAAAACUGGACAAUUGGACAGUUUUUGAUAAAACUCUUUGAUAAAUCCCUAUUUUUGUAUGUAUGUGGAUAAAAAAAAAAUCUUGUUUAUCUUUUUUGUGGAAAAAUUUAUUUAAACUGUGGAAAUCUGGGCUUAUGGAGCCUUGUUUGAAAAUAAAUGUUUACAAAUUUA